CGGCACUUGACCAACACUAGCGAGGUAGGCUGUGCAUCAUCGUGGGCUAUGUAUCAUCAUAUCAGAUCACAACGAUAUUAGUUACUACAUGGAUAUAAGCAGUCCUACAGAGCCACGCAGCGAGGGGAUAUUUCAAAUCUUCAGGAGAGGCGCCCGCUGCUAGAGUCUUUCCUGAUACAAUAUCCUCCUAUUAUUCAUCGCAUAACCAAUCUCUUACAUCUAUCAGGUUGUUAAGAAGAGACAUAGGCCUCUAGAACGGCCACCUAUCUUACCGUGGGGUUCUGCCCCUCUAGAAUGGUUGACCAACGUUUUUUUCAGCGUAUCGUCUCAGACAUUCUAUUUAGUAUUCUAUUUAUUACGUAGUUUCAUACCAAUUGUGAGACCAAAUAGUCCUACCCACGCGGCGCAUAUUAGAUCCUAUAGCGCUUCUAUAUAGUACCGGACUGGCGGAGACGUUCACUACUAAUAGUAGUAAAAGCCCAUCUUUAACCUUACCUACCUAGGUAUACUAAUAAGAUCCGUUCUCACGACGAUUCAAGGCUGAAUCGAAAGGUGUGGUAGGUCAUUCAUAUACUAUGUAGCAUUCUCACCCCGCUCUACGAAGCACAUAAACGAAGCAUCUCCCAUCAAUUCGGAUCUUAUUACCUUAUUCGAUACCCCCUAUCAUGUCCCAAUCUUGGAUCGCGCAUUCUGUCGCCCAAGCCGCUCUGAUGAACCAUGGCCAAAAGCACUAACCCGCAACCCGUAGUUGGUUAUCCGUCUCCUCCAACGCAUUAUUCGCCAUCCGAUCACAAACCCUCCUUGGGCUCGCUUUACGAACACGUUUCGAUGUCGUCUUCUGCGUCGCCCCCCAACGAGUCCCAGCCUGACAAGGGUCCUCUUGGCUCGCUAAACCUCAACUUUUUAAAGUCGUUGAACGACAAGAAGACCACCCGCGAUGGCAACCCCCCUAAGCGGCGAGGGCCUAAACCCGAUAGUAAGCCGGCGCUAACACGCCGGCAAGAAUUGAACCGCCAAGCACAGAGGACGCAUCGGGAGCGCAAAGAGCUAUACAUAAAGGCGCUCGAAGAUGAGGUGCUGCGGCUUAAAGAGAUCUACACCAACGUCUCGCAAGACAAAGACAAGCUCGCCGAGGAAAACCGGCAGCUCAAAACCCUGCUGCAGCAAAACGGCAUCUCGCACAGCCCGGGAGGCGGCGUAGACGAUAUCGGCAGCAGCCUGAGCCCCGGGUACACGUCCAACGGUAGCAUCUCGGGCGGCUACGCGGCGGGAAGCUCCAACACCGCGUACACGCCGGGCAUGACGUCGAUGUCGAGUCCGAAUUCCAUGACGGCGGCGUCGUCGCAGGGGCUAGGCGCACAGCAGCAGCAGCAGCAGCAGGGCCACCACGUAGAUUACGAACAGGCUGGGAUAGAUUUCGUCUUAACGCUCGAGCGACCGUGUAUGGACCACAUGCCGUGGCUGAUGGAGCGAGCGCAAGACACUCGCGGCGACGCGGCGGGCCACGCGCUCAUGGCCUCGUGUCCGCCGGAGCCGUUCCCCGAGCUAAGCGACGAGAUCCCGUUCGGGUACUCGCACACGCACGGCGACCGGGGCUCGGCGCCGUCUCGCCAGCGCACGUGGGAGCUGUCCAAAGGCGAUUUGUCGACCCUCCUCGAUCUCAGCACCAAGUUGAACCUCGACGGCGAGAUCACGCCCGUCAUGGCUUGGGGCAUGGUUCUGUCCCAUCCGAAGCUGAGGGAGCUGAGGAGCGAGGACUUGGAUCGGUUGGUGGAUGAUCUCAAGGGCAAAGUCCGUUGCUAUGGGUUCGGAGCUGUGUUGGAGGAGUUCGAGGUGCGGGAUGCGCUCAAUGCCGUUUUCUCCGCAAAGUCGGAGGUGGGCACGGCCUAUUAGGGGAUAGGGGACGGGCCGUUAAAGUUUUUGUUGUUUCUCUUUAGACAUUAUGUUUUACUUUAUGCAUAGGUAUAUAAAGCGAUGAUAAUGACGAUGGUGAUUGUUAUUACAAGCGGUCAUGAUAAGUACCCAAGAGAGAUGAGAGACGACGGGCAGAACGCAUUCAUGUACUUAUCUGGGUAUACACUAGAGGCAUAACAGCGUUAAAAUACUAUUUGGGAGUUUUCAUG